CUCCGCGAGCAAGGAGCGCCGCGAGGAGAGCGAGAGAACGAAGUGGGCUUUGGUGAUGUCGGAAUUUGCACCUAUUUGUAUCUAUUUAGUGAUCAGUCCGCUAGUUUCUUUGAUUCCACUCGGUGUUCCUUUUCCAUUUGCUUCCAAUAGUUCGACCUAUCCAGAAAAAUUGUCGGCCUACGAAUGUGGUUCCGAUCCCUCCGGUGAUGCCAGAAGUCGUUUCGAUAUACGAUUUUAUCCGGUUCCUAUUUUAUUUAUUAUCCCUGAUCCGGAAGUCACCUUUUCUUUUCCUUGGGCAGUACCUCCUAACAAGAUUGAUCUGUUUGGAUCUUGGUCCAUGAUGGCCUUUUUAUUGAUUUUGACGAUUGGAUCUCUCUAUGAAUGGAAAAGGGGUGCUUCGGAUCGGGAGUAACCACUUUUGAAAGGGCAAAGGGGGGAAAAAGUAAAGUAUAAGCGACAUAUGGCACGAAAAGGAAAUCCAAUUGAGGUAAGACUUGAUCUAUCAUCUGAUUCUUGUUUUUUUCAAUGGGGGGGACUUUUCAUAGUUAUCAUUGUGAUAGCUGCUUUAGUAGUGGAUCCCUCCUUGAUCGUGACAGAUCAGGUUAGGCAAGCACUACUGGAAGUGAUUCUGUCACUUUUACAAUAUGUUUUGCUAUAUGGUGCCACGCUGAUUGAAGAAAUGGUACCGGCCCUCUGGGGGCAGGAGCGAUGUGGGACCGUGGGCACAGGGGGGCUUGAAAGUCCUUCCCGUUCGGGGCAGGAAACGUACAAAGCCCCACACGUUCAUCUAAUGCUAUCAUCUGAUAGUGAUAGUGAGAGCGUUAACCAAAGGGGUGGGAGCGAUGUGCCUCCUUUAACUAUUGACUUGAACCGACCGGCUCAGGAUCAGGAAGAUAUUAGGCAAUAUGCCGAAUCCAUAAAGGAUUUUAGAAUUGACGAGCAAUUCGAGAAUUUCAAAAGGAAUGAUUCCACUUCCCCGCUCUAUGAUCAA